AUGUAAAGCAAAUACGAAUAGAAUGAUGACGAGAUCUUGUGUUAAAAUGAUGACGAUGGUAACGGUGAAAUAAUAAAUUUUGAAUAAUUCGAUGAGGAUGAAUAGAAUGUCAUUACACCUGUUGAAAAGAGUAAAUAGUAAAUACAAUAAACUUUUGGAGAUUAAUUUUAAGUAUAGAAGGAAAAAGAAGAUGAAGAAUAGGUGAUUGAAGAUAUAGUGCAAUUUAUGCAGGAUGAAGAACAAGACAAUGUAGCAAAUUUUGGUAGUAUGCAUCGCGAUGAAGACUUUUAGAGUUGGAAGGAUGAGAAUAAAUAAAAUGAUUAAAAUGAAUAAGUUCAAUAAACAAAUUAGAUUGAUGCAAUGACUGAAAGAUAAGAAUAGUAAGCUUAAAUUAUAUAUUAACCUGGCAUGAUCAUUGAUAUGAAGGAGUUCCUACAAAAGCCUAUCGAUCAAUGUAAAUACAUAUUUUGA